AUGCGUGUUCUCAUCACCGGCGCAGCCGGCUUCAUCGGCCAGGAACUCGCCAAGACCUUGCUGCUGGACGGAACACACGAAGUCACAUUAACCGACAUCGUGGAGCCACCCCUACCCUCAAACACAGCACAUGGACAUCAAGCACGCGUGAUAACGGCAGACCUACUCGAGGCGAGCGAGACGCUAGCCGCCGAAAAGCCCGACGCCGCGCUCCUCUUCCACGGCAUCAUGUCCUCCGGCGCCGAAGCGGACUUCGAGGGCGGGUACCGCGCCAACGUCGAUGCCACACGGGCACUGCUGUUCGCCCUGGCCAAGUCCAACCCGGGCCUCCGCGUCAUCUACGCGUCCAGUAUCGCCGUAUAUGGCGAGCCGCGGCCGAAGCGGGGUCUGACGGAGGCGAUGCCCGCUACGCCGGAGUCGUCGUAUGGCUGCCAGAAGGUCAUUUGCGAGACCUACGUCAACGACCUGACGAGGCGGGGCAUGAUCAACGGCAUCUCCCUGCGCAUACCGGGGAUCACGGUGCGAGCCGGGGCGCCUACGGCCGCGGCGUCGUCGUUUCUUUCGGGUAUCAUUAGGGAGCCGAUGAAUGGGCAGGUGUGCAAGGUCCCGCUUUCGGAUCGGCAGUGGAGGACUUGGGUGUGCAGUCCGCGGACGCUGGUGGACAAUAUCGUCAUCGCGUUGGGCCUGCCGCGCGAGGCAUUGCCCCUGCAUCGACGGACGGUUCUGGUUCCCUGA